AUGAUGGAGAGUAAAAAAUUCAAACCCUUCGAUACAGUCGUAAACUUUAACGAAGACUUCAUUUCAGAUUCCGAAGCACACAUUAAGACAAGUUCUUCAAAAUAUGGUUUUUGUACCAAAGACGUACAAAGAUCGCAGUCGCUAAAUAGUACUGCUGCUCUAGGAUCAUUCAUUCAGGGUCGGGACAAAGACCGAAAACUUUUAGAUCUAAAUGUUACUGCAAACCUUCAGAGUCCUGAGAACAAAAACUUAUUUCAAAACUCAUGUUCCCCCAGUAAACCGCUAAGAUUUAUAGGUUAUCGACCCAUAUUCAGUUCUGCAAAUUAUAUAGACUUAUAUUCUUCCAAUAAUUAUAAUCGUCUCAAACCUGUCGAAUUAUCAUUUCUAGGUUCUCCUCUCUUCAGUUCUUCGACCCAUCCCUAUUAUUCAGAUGGCCGUGUUUAUAACACCACCAAACAACAAGCUAUUCUUGUAUCAAGCUCUUUUACCAACAAGUCCGAGAAGAAACGUAUAAGAUCACUUUCUGAAUUAUCGCUUCAACACGUCUAUCAUAAGGAGAGAAGAAGCGAAGCUGAGACAGGCGUUCAUUCGUCUUAUAAUCAUUAUGGAAAGGGACUGAAUUACCUUCAGCAAGAGCUUAUGGCGCGCACUGAAAAGGCAGAUAAGAUUGCGCAUGAAAUUAUACUGGUGAGGAAUGAAGAAAAACAAUUUGAUGAGCAUUUACAGGAACUAACAAGAGAUGGUUCUGCUAAGACAGAUACUAUUAGUAGGUUGAAAGAAAAAGUUUCUGAGCUAUAUGAGGAAGUGGAGUCCCUUCGACAUUCUCAUCAACAAGCCAUCUAUCACCAAAAAGAUUUACAGAAAGAGAUCGAUACUUUGAAGUGCUCGCGUGAUUGGUACGCAGACCAGCUUCGUUCAGCUCAGUGUGUUCGUGAUCGUAUCCAAAACGAACCUGAAAAAAUUAUCAACUUAAUAAGGGAUAGCAGUGAAAUAAAUCAUCGUUUAGCGCAUGAAAAUGCAUGUUUGCGAGCUCAGUUAGCAUGUAGCAAGGCCGCCUUAGCUGAUGCUAAACGAAAUCUCUCUCGCCAGUUAGAAUCUAUCCGUGUUGACAUGGUAGAACGUGAAGCCAUUUUUGAGCGUAUUACUGCUGAACGGGCUCUUUUUGAGAACAUCAGUCGUCAGCGCGCUGAUGAGAUAAGGGAAUUACAAACUCAGGUAUCGAAUUUUCAAAUGGAACUUAAGGCUACUGAAGAGCUUAUUUCGCUUCAGAAGAGUAAGUUAUUAGAUGCCGAAGAGGCCUUGGCAGUUGCAGAAAGAAAACGCUAUGAAUUACAAAGCCAGUUAGAAUCCUUUGAGAGAGAACAGUUUACGAAGGAAAACUAUCUAGAUGACCAAAUCUCUAGAUAUGGUAUCAUCUUAGAAAGUCUAAAAGAUUAUGAAAACGGUCAUAAAAGUAAGGGCAUCUUGAUUGAUGAGAUUCUCGAAGAAAAAGCCACACUCACUGCAGCUCUCUCAGCCUCACAAUAUGAAAAAGAGACAUUGAAUAAAUACUUGAUAAAUUUGAAGGAUAACUUGUUCAGAGUAGAAGAAAGUUUCGGCAUCCUUAGACGUGAAAUCGAAUUCAAGUCUGCACAAAUUGUGGAGCUCACCACUCAACGAGACAAUAUGGCUGACAAAAUUAAAUUUCUUUAUGACCAGUUAAGUGAUUACUGGAAAGUGAUUGAAAAGUUAAGGCAAGAAAACGAAGAAUCAAAUUCUUCCUUAAAGGUUUUGCUGAUGGGAACUGAAUAUUCCCACAGCAAUCUAAACAAAUUGAAUUUUUCACUCCAAAUGGUUGACGGUGGCUUUGAAACUGUUGCCAAAUUAAAACAUGUAGGAUCGAGUUCUCCUUUACCGAGUCAGAUAAUUACUAAACAACUUACACUUGAGUCGCAGACCAUCCAUUUCUUCCCAGUUGAAAUGGCGACCUUUACAAGUCAAUCAAAUACUGCUUCUUUACCGUCUUCAGUAAAUAAUUUAAGUAAUUCAAAUGCUACACAUUCUUUACACAUUGAAAUGAAUAAAGAUAGUUGUUGGCAAAAUAUGGAUCUAAAUACAAGAUUAUCCAGUGAUACUGCUAGUGACGUACCUCCAAUUUCGCAAAAUACAAACGGUGUACCUGAUUCUAAUUACGACAUCCAAAAUAACGACUCGAACUCACAGGAAAACUAUCCCAAAACACCUUUAGGUUUUGAUAAAAAUAUAUUUUGCUCAACGGAUCCAUCGUCUUUAGUUUCUGUUCAUGUUUUGUCUUCAUACGAGGAAAAUCAAGUGAGAAUAAAUCAAAAAGUUCGUAAUUCAAAUAAUCAGUGUUCUCUUGAAACCUGGCGAUAUAUACAACAGUCACCAGAUAGCCAGAAUGUUGCUAAUGUGGAUUCUGGCUUUCACAUUUCAGACACCUGUAUAACAACCAAUCAGAUAUAUUCUCCGGAUAAUCAACAACGUAAUAUACCUCAUUUAAAUCUAUAUUUCCAUGAUAGUCUGGACCAUACUGAUGAGUAUAAAUCCAAUGUACAACAAGAUAAUUCGUACACGUGUCUAUCUAAAGGCGAAUGUUCCUCGGAUUUCAGUUGUGGUAUUACAAAUCGUAGAAACAACAUUUUAGUUCCUAGAGCCAGUUCACCUUUGGACCACACAACCAAUAAUCUGAACUGUGAUACAACUUAUACAGACCCAUUAGUUAUAUCAGAACAAGAAGUUGCGGAAGAUUCUAUUCACAACUCUGAUCAAUUAUCUCAACAAAAUGUUUGCUUUACUAACAGAAAUGAUACUUAUACGAUCUUAUCUACGGAGCAGGAUACCAGCCGUAAAUGUGCUGUUACUGAGGUCCAAAAUAUUCAUGCAAAUGAUUGGACAGGUAAGGAGUCAUCUAGUUGCUCCAGUAAUUGCCGUGUUAAGAUAAAUGAAAGGGAAAUACCAGUUAAGUUGACAGAUUAUUUUCCAAGUGAUCAUCAGGGGAACCAGACGAAUGAAGUUUUGCACAUUCAGAAUGUAGCCACUACCUUACCACUUGUCACUGAAACUCCAGAGUCAAUACUAUAUAGCUGUUCAUCACAUGAAAAUUCGAACCUGACUGAAUUUAAUGAAAGUAAAACAAAAAGACUGAAAUUAUAUGAAGUUGGGAGAUCAAAUCAGUCAACAGUCAUUUCUAAAAAAGGUGAUCAUGAAUACUGCUCAUGUUCUGUCCCUUCUGAAACACCGAAUGAUUCAUUUGACUUAAGAAUAUGCAAUACCCGUCAGUCUGAUAUCAAUACUUGUUCUUCAGCACACAUAUAUGAUACAUCUGAAGCUUUUCUUCUGUCUACUUUCGAUGAACUGAACUGUGUGAAACGUGAGAGGGACAGUCUUUCCGAACAUGUUUCGGUCUUGCAAAAUGAUUUAGCCAAGGCUGUUGUUAACUUAACAACAUAUCAGAAAGAAGCAGAAAUACAGACGCUUAAUGCUGAACGCGAAAAAGUCGCCCAUCAACAAACACUAGAGGCUCAUCAACUUACUAUUGUGGAACUUAAUAAUGCUAAAGCCGAACUUUUUAACGUGCAAAAGUUAGUUGGUGAACUUCGUCAAGAAGUUAUCUCUUCAAAAGAAGAAGUGGCAUUAUUGCGGGCGCACGAAGAUGAGAAUCGUUCUCUCUAUGAAACGGAAAUCAAUUCACUAAAAUCAAUUGUUAAGGUAACUAGCGAUCACCUAUCAACACUGGCAGAAUCACUCCAUAGUGCGCUGAGUGAAAAAGCUAUACUGCAGAAGGAAUUUAAUCAUUUGAAAAGUAGGAUUCAUGGUCAGUUACAGAAAUUUCGUUUAUUUACUCGUUUGGAGUUAUAUAGCGAAUCUAAAAUAGUCAACCAAAGUUCUUUUGCUUCAUUAGCUGCUCUUGGAAUUAAUUUAGAAAAUCUGGCUAAUGAUAAUUCUCAGAUGACUUUUCAUGCAAAGUCACUUCUCGUAAUAUGCUUGCCAGUGAUUCAGCUCAAAAUAAAUAGUCAUCAGUUGAUAUGA